AUGCUCGGCGCAGCAAUAGGUGCCGUCGAUGACCCCUCCUUAGUUCUUGGAGGAGUGACGGGCGAGACGCGCUCGUCCGAGCCGCCUGACGGCGCCGGUGGUGCGAAACUCUCGCCGCCUCACGCGGAUUCGCUUAGAGACGCUUCCGACGGUGUCGCCGCUGUAGAGAGUACAAGCAGCGCCGCAGAGUCCGACGCGUCUACUGCGCCGCGCGGACUCGCCGGAGGUGGCGGAGACGCUGUGGAGGACCGCGGUGCGAGCGACGAGAAAGCGCAGACGGCGGAGGAGGGACGCGCUGUAGCGGACGGAAACCCGGCGGAAGGGAUGGUGGGGGGCGGAGGGGCGGAGCGGAAUGGGGGGAUGCAGAGCGCCGCUGUAGGCGACCGCGGGCAUGCCGCGACGGAAGGCGUGGGGGGGGCGGCGGCGGACGAGGGGGAGGCUGAGUUGGUGGAGAAGAACGAGGGGGAAGCGACGGGGAGAGGGGAGGCGGAGGGAAGCCGAAAGGAGGAGAGGAAGGACGAGAGCAGCGGCAAAGAGCAGAAUGCAGGGGGACAGGGGGUGAACGGGGAGGUGGAAGGAGGGGAGGGAAAGACGGAGGGGAGUGAGGGGGUUGCAGGGCGGCAGCAGGGCAGCAGGCGGGGGAGGUUGCGGGAGAUGGUGCGGCGCGCGGAGCAGCAGCGGCGCGUGGUGGGGUACCUGGACGUGGGCAGGGAGGUGGCGCGCUCCGUGGAGCGCCACCACCGCGCACAGCACGGCGCGGGCGCGCCUAGGGGUGAGGGGCAGGCAGGCGGGGGGAAUGGGGGCGAAGGGCAGGGGGGGCACGGGGACAGGGAGCACGGUGGUGGGGCGGGCAAACUCCCACUCCAGCACGGCCACGCGCCUCACCACGCCUUCACGGAUUCCGCCCCCCUGCACGCCCCCCCGCUCGCGCCCCUGCACGCGCCCCUGCACGCCCCCCACUCCCCCCUCCGCGCGGGCGGGCGGUUGCAGCAGCUGCAGGCGGAGGAGUGGGGAGGCGGCGGGGAGGGGGGCAUGGGGCGCGACGUGAGCACGAACAGCAACAUGGGCGCGGCGGAGUGGCUGGAGGGGUGUUUGGAGGAGGAGGAGGAGUGGCAGCAGUGGCGCAUCGACCCGCAGCAGCUGGUCAUCAAGAGCUUCCUUGCACGCGGCACGUAUGGCUCCGUGCACCGCGGGGAGUACCGCGGGAAGCAGGUGGCUGGUGCGUUGCAGGUAUAUGGGGCAUGGGUGAAGCUGAUGGAUUGGGGCGAGGUGGACAAGGCAUCGCGUGCCAAGCUCACAUUCCUGCGAGACGUGUUUGCACAGGAGGUGCUCGUUUGGAGCACACUGGAGCAUAAGAACAUCUGCCAGUUCGUGGGGGCGCUGCUGGGCGGGCCCGACUCGUACACCUUUCCGUCGACGGUGGAGGACCACCGGGGCGUGCUGCACGUGGGCAGCCAUUUCGUGGGGGCGCUGCUGGGCGGGCCCGACUCGUACACCUUUCCAUCCACGGUGGAGGAUCACCGGGGCGUGCUGCGAGUGGGCAGCCACGUGUGCUGCGUGGUGCUGGAGUUCCUGGCGGGCGGCACGCUGAAGCAGCUGCUCAUGAAGCACUAUCACAAGAAGCUCUCCGUGCACCGUGUCGUGCACCUGGCACUGGAUAUUGCUGAGGGGUUGGAGGUGGUGAAGAUAGCAGAUUUUGGGGUGUCACGGGUGAAGUCGGACAGCAGCACCAUGCACCACAAGACCGGCACCUACGGCUACAUGGCGCCUGAGGUGUUGAAGGAGCGGCCGUACGACCACAAGGCGGACGUGUACAGCUACGGCAUCCUGCUGUGGGAGAUCUACUGCUGCGACAACCCCUUCCCCUACUCCGACCUCGACCCCACUGAGAUCGCCUCCACUGUCAACCAGGGCCUGCGGCCGGACAUCCCAUCGUGCUGCCCGCCACAGCUGGCGGAGCUGAUGCGGCGGUGCUGGCACGGCGAGGCGGGCAAGCGGCCGGACAUGAGUGAGGUGGUGAGGCGCCUCAAGGCUAUUGACUGCCGCCACGCCACGCCCAUGCGCCCCGUGGAGGGCGAUGACUCCUCCUGCUCCCUCAUGUGA